GUGAGGUUGGAAUUCUCACAAUAAUCAAACGUCAGUUUUUCAAAUCUUAAAGUGAUUAUUAAAUGUGUGCAGUACAUUUUUAUUUAAAAAAAUGGAACAGGUUCGUAUGAUCGUGCAACAGCAAGGGCGCGAAGCUCGCAACCUUCUCGCCUUCAAUAUAUCCAUUGAUGACAAUUUUGGGAAGGUGUCACGAAAGCCACCGUGUCCACCGCGUAUAAUCGAGUCAAAACAGGCAAAUGCAGUUUGUAACAGUAGAGGUGCUCGCAUUAGAUCAGCCUCCACAGGUCGUGACAAAAAAUCGGAUCUUCGGGCGAGGUAUUGGGCGUUUUUGUUUGGAAAUCUACAGCGUUCUGUUGUGGAGAUUUACAAUACAGUUGAAAGUCAUGACAGUAUUACGGAAUGUCGCGAGGUUAUCUUAGUGUUAGAGAACUAUCUACGUGAUUUCCAGGCGUUGUCAGAGUGGUUUCAGCUAAAAUGGGAAUAUGAACGCACGCCCAUACCACAGAGACCUACAUCGCUAGCUUGGGAAGUUUCCAAAACAAAUUUAACCAAGAAUCCUUCAGGAAAAUCCAGCCCUAGUGUUGGUUCAGGUCGAAAUAGUCCUAAUGUUUCUGGAAAGAUAAGUCCACGAUGCUUGACCAAGUGUAAAUCGACGUGUACCAGUCCUUUGCCCACCGAAGAGGUGAAGGAAUCUGCAGGUUCCGGUGAUUGUCGAAGGCAGGCCGUCGGCGUUGUUACAGAUUUGAAACCUCCAUGUGCGGAUUCUCAACCUCAAAUGAUAGAUUCCCCUAGUGAAGAUCAGAAAACUUAUGACACAUUUCGUAAAGUGGGCGUUGAAAGUUCCGAAAAGGGUAUAAAUACCGAUGUACUUCCCAGUGCAUUGCCUCGGAAGCAAUGUUGUACAAAACAAGAGCAAGCAAGCCAAACAGAUGAUGUCGAAGAUUGGAAGAAGAGCACUACUGCUGUUAAAGUAUCAAAAACUGAACCGAAUAAAGUAGCCAAAUCCAAACCCGCAUAUUCUACUGCAUUAAUCCGUAGUGCUGUACCAAAAUCUACCCCUACCAAAUUGUUACCCAAACCCCCCACCACAGUAAAAAUUCCACCAAAAGUAUCCAAACCUCCGCUCUCUAAGGGCCUACCAAAUUCUGGUCUGGCACGUAGCAAAACUGUGGGCGACAUGAAGAUUUCUAAUUCAAUUUACUCGGCGAAAUUGAAAAAUGUUGCAAGUAAACCUAAAGCAAAUGCACCUCUAAAACCAACAGUAGGUGUAAAUAGACCUAAAUCGACUUUGUUCACUUCCGUCAAAAAAGUAGGAAGUCACCUUAAUAGCUCAGUUGAAACCAUCAUAAAUCAGGGUACAUCUUCCGAGAAUAUUUCCAAUAACAACAUUGGAAGUUCAGUUGAAACGAUAACCGAAAAUAUGCAGAAGAAUUCGCAAACUGAUGGGUGGUUAACUGUAAAGUGUAGAUCACGAUUUAAAAACUCUGCCGGUAAACCACGCCAAUCAGAUGGUGAUCUGAAAUGGUCGAAACGUUUUCAUCAGGUUACAUCGACCGCAAGCUUACCAGCCUUAGCUUUUCUACCUGACUCGAUUGAGUCUAUUACAACCCCCCCUUCUGUGUCGGAAACUGCAUCAAAGCCGAAGCAGUAUUUGAAACGGUCCCACACCACUUUGAGCCGAAUUUCAGAUGCAAAACCGAAGUCUUUAACUGCCAAGCUGCAGUCGACACGGGAGAAGGUAGAGGAGGCGAGAAAAAGUUCCGAGUUAGAUUCGGAAACGGACGACGAGGUGAAAAAUAAAGAGGUGCAGGACGAUUUGGCGUGCGAGGAGGAGCACAGACAGAAAACGCAGCAGCUGACCGAGGAGGAGGAGCGAUUAACACAGGAAAUCGCGCAAUUGCAGGGUUUGCAGAUCGAAAUCGACACUGAGACUGAUGGCACCGAAACCGAUGGCGAACUUCAGUGCGACAACGAGGACGGGGAGAACCUGGUUCAGUUGAUCCAAGAUGAAGACACGUUGUCUUUGGAGGCUAGAUAUGAGCCGAUGUUGGCAGGUAUGUCAUGGGGUGAAAGAGUGGACACACUGGCAACAUUAGAAGCCCUCGUCGCACGACACCCUGGACGUGCUCUAGAGUUACACCAAAAACUCUCAAAUCCGGCACGUAGCACCAGUCUCCAGGAAACAUUAAGAAAGUACCAGGCCAAACAAGCGAGAGCGGAACAGCGUCGUCAACUGCUGCAGCAGGAGCGUAGCAAUAAAUUGCAAGCACUUUUAGCGAGGGUCGAGGAUGUUAAGUGCGCAAAAAUGCAGCUUAUUGAGGAAAAGAGGCAACGGAUGGAAAUGAGAAUGCAACGUGCGGCGCAAAAUAGAAAGCGCCAUUUGAAGGGCAUCGUAAGAAAAGCACACGAUGAAGAGGAGAAACUGAAAGAAAUCGCAUUUAUUAAUGAGCUGGAAGCAAAGAAUAAGAGACACGAUUUCAUGCAAUUAUGUCGCGAACAGAGAGGUAGGCUUCAAGGCAUUCACGAAGAUCGCCGCAAAAAGCAAGAGGAAAAGGCCGCCAAAGAAGCGGCGGUCGAAGAACGUAGACGUGCGUUGGAACGAGAGCGAUUGGAAAGGUUAGAUCGUCUCAAAGAUGAGCGUAGGCUACGCGACGAGCGACAGCUUCAACAACAGCAGCAACGGGAGAGAGAAAGGCAGGAGCUAGCACGAGGCAAGGCGCGUGAUCGAGAGGAACGUUUGCAAGCCUUACAGGCGCAACAGUUGGCGUCAACGAAAGAAUUGCAAAAAAGAAUCGAGCAAAAACAGGAGGAAUCGGCGCGUAGGCACGAGGAGAACAUGGAACAAAUUCGACAACGGGCUCUGGAGCUCUCAAUUCAUCGCUGCCAUACUGAUGAUAACCAAGCGCCCAAUAAUGCCCUUUAUCCCACUCAAAAGUUGUGUACAGUUUGCAAUGUUCUGAUCAAGUCCGAAGUGUAUCUAAUGAGUCACUUACGCGGACGCAAGCAUCAGGAGGUAGUGAAGCAAGCUAACUCGGGCGCAAUAAUUCAAUCGACCAAAGAGUUGGAACAGUUCAAUUUACAGCAGAUUGUCGACGCGCCCUUAGAUAAAGAAGAUCCCAAAGAGAUAGCAGCUAAAGAGAGAGGCAAGACUUACAAGAAGCGGUGUAAGAAACUGCGCCAGCGCAUGCUCGCAAAAGGCGCGGAAUACGAAAGUCAGUACAAACCAUUAAUAAUCGAAAGCGCCAAUAAGCACAGUUUAAAUAGAAAUGUACAUACAAUUAGCAGUAUUACUAGUCAGGCCGUUCAAGGUUGGUCGCCUAACACCACCAGCUUAUUAAAUCGAAUCUUGAACGAGCUAAAUCGAUUGCUCGUUAAGGGGCCGAAGGAAGACUUCAUUGCAUUCCAAAAUGUGGGAGGUUUUUCCGGAUUAGCGAAAUUGUUUAGUUUAAGUCAAGACGCACAUUCGCCUAUACCCACCAAAAGUCUCAUUAUUGCUGCCAAUUUGUGGCAGACAUCUUGUAAAGGGGUAAACGGUGUCAAAAACUGCGAACAUGUAAUUUUAUCAAAUAGGAUAAGUGCUGUUAUCGACUUGCUGAACGUUUCCUUGCAAAAAUUGGGAGAUUGCGAGGACGCCUUGCCGACCGAUCCCCUGGCAGCAUCCCUGAUGCAGCUGGUUACUACCGUCCUCGGCAAUACGUCGAAGGUGGUACAGCAGGCGCGCGUGCAGGACGUCGUAAGAAAUUGGGAGAUUGCGAGGACGCCUUGCCGACCGAUCCCCUGGCAGCAUCCCUGAUGCAGCUGGUUACUACCGUCCUCGGCAAUACGUCGAAGGUGGUACAGCAGGCGCGCGUGCAGGACGUCGUAAGCUUUAUUGUGUGCGUUGGCGUCGUGGACCAAUUAGCCAAAUGCUGCGUUUCGGUCCGAGGUCCGGUGCACGACAACCCCUUGGCGUGCGCCUUUCUUCUGUCUGCUCUCGAGUUCCUCGCCGCUCUUGCAGACCAUU